GCCGAGAAAACCCGGCGCAGGCUAUAAAUGGCUCUCCGAAUCGAUAACCGUCUAACGAAGAUUCUCAGGAAGAAAUUGGGAGAUUAGAUUCGUAUCUCCCUCUACCCCACAUUCCCAGCUAGCUGCUGGAACGCCUCUCGCCCCUUCAACGCCCUCUGAAUCCGCCAUUUUAAUAGGGAAAACUCCACAGAUGGCCCCUGGCAAGGCCUUAUCAAGCACACAGGCGAAGCAACCCUUAUUCUCUUUUGGAGUCAUAACCGACGUCCAGUACGCCGAUAUUCCCGAUGGCCGCUCCUUCAUCGGCGUCCCUCGGCAUUACCGCCACAGCCUUCAGGUCCUCCAAAGGGCAAUCACCAAAUGGAAUAGUCACACAAAGCUCAAUUUCUCCUUAAACUUCGGAGACAUUGUUGACGGAUUCUGUCCCAAGGACCAAUCCUUCGCCGCCGUUAAGAGAAUCCUCGACGAAUUCAGCAAAUUCAGUGGCCCCGUCUUCCACAUGAUUGGCAAUCACUGCCUCUACAAUCUCCCUCGCACCAAUCUCACUGCACUGUUCAACAUCCCUUCCAUCCAUGGCAGCGCACACUAUGAAUUCUCCCCAUCUCCAGAGUACAGAUUCGUCAUCUUAGACGCAUACGAUAUCAGCGCCAUCGGUUGGCCCCGCGAUGAUCCAAAAACAUCUCAAGCUCUCAGAAUCCUGCAUGCAAAGAACCCAAAUGAAGACAAGAAUAACCCGGGAGGAUUGUCCGGUCGCGAUCGAAGGUUCGUGAUGUUUAAUGGAGGCAUUGGGAGCGAGCAGCUUUCGUGGCUGGAUAACAUCCUCAAGGAUUCCACCGAGCGCGAUCAGAAGGUUAUUAUAUGUUGCCAUCUGCCGCUGGAUCCGGCCGCCGCCGCGCCGGAGGCUCUUUUGUGGAACUACGAUGAGGUUAUCGAUGUGAUACACCGGUACAGAUGCGUGAAGGCUUGUCUUUCUGGUCAUGAUCAUAAGGGCGGGUAUGCGGUCGAUUCCCACGGUGUUCACCACCGCGUUCUUGAGGCCGCCGUCGAGUGUCCGCCUGGUUCUAAUGCUUUUGGUUAUGUGGACGUUUACCAUGACAGGCUCACUCUUGUUGGUGCUGAUAGGAUGGUAUCCACUGAGAUGGUUUUUGAAGCUUGAGGGAAUGGGUAAUCCUCCUCUGCUUCUCUUUUAUUGUUAAUAUUUCUCAUGCCUCCAAGCUUCUUAUGCUUUUAUUAUUUUAGCACCCAAAUUAUUGGUAUUUACAAAUCAAGCACAUUUUUUUUUUCUUUUUAUAAAAUUCUUAGCAGUUUGAUCAUGACAUGCAUAAAUACAUCGGUCCGGUAGUUCAAAAAAUCGCUUUGGUGCUUGAUUUAUAAAUAUCAAUGUUUCAGGUGUUCUGUAUUUAAUUACUCUUUCUUUUUUAUUUUUUUUCUAAGUGAACUUAAAUGGGUUAGGGGAGAGUUGUAGCUUCAUGUAAAUAAUAUUAA